AUGCGGCCUGCAGGCUGUUGGACUUUUCACAGAGAUCCCCGCAGCAAAUUAGCCCUUCUAUUUCUGUGGCUGUUCUGCUGCUCUUGUGGCACACUGGCAGCAACACCAGCAGCAGCAGCAGCAGCAGCAAGGAGGCUGCGAACAGUACCCCUACGUAAUGCGUCUGCUGCCGCUGCUGCUGCUCCGCCCCAGCUCCGCCCGUGGGCCAGCGUUGGAGUGGACACGCGUCUCCUGGAGCGCAGCAGCAGCAGCAGCAGCAGCAGCAGCGGGAACCUGCAGCUAACUGCAAAUGCACCGGCCCUGCAGCAGAGCUUCCAGCCAACAAAACGGCGCUCUGUGUCUGUGGGGCGGGGCUGGCUAGCAGCUGCUGCUCUUUGCAUCUUUGCAGCAGCUUAUUUGGUGCUGCGCUGCUCUCGUGCUGCAGCUGCUUCCGCGCUGCAGCAGCAGCAAGGGCUUGCUUCGCGUGAGCUAGCUGGGGACAGGAGCAGAGAAGACGGCCACGGCGAGAACGCCGGCAGAAGCAGCAGCAGCAGCUGGGACUGCUUGGGGCCGGGGUAUGCCCCGCCAGCUGCUGCUGUUGCUGCUGCUGCUGCAAAUGCUGUUGCUGAUCUUGCAGAAGCUCCUGCUAUGCCUGCAGAAGCUAAUCUUGCGGGCACAGAGGACGGCGCUGCUGCUGCUGCAGGAGGCGGUGCUGCUGCUGCUGCAGGAGGCGGUGCUGCUGCUGACGCUGGUGCUGCUGCUGCAGGAGGCGGCGUUGAUGCCGCUGCAGGAGGCGGCGUUGCUGCUGCUGCAGUAGAGGGCGCUGCUGUUGCUGCUGCUGCAGCAGACGACGUUGAUGCUGCUGCUGCCGCUGCUGCAGAAGGCGGCGUUGAUGUUGCUGGCGCUGGCGCCGCCGCUGCAGCAGGCGGAUUUGAUGCUGCUGCAGGAGGCGGCAUUGAAGCUGUUGCUGCAGGAGAGGGCGCUGCUGUUGCUGGUGCUGCUGCUGCAGCAGGAGGCAGCGCUGCUGCUGCUGGUUGGAAUGACAGGGCUGGGGGGUCGGAUGUUCCUGCUACUGCAGCAGAUGCCGGCGCAGCAGCGUCUGCUGCAGCAGCGUCUGCUGCAGCAGAAGCUGCUGCAGCAGAAGCUCAAGAAGCGGCGCUGGAGAGGCGCGCAGCAGCAGUGCUGCGGCAGGCGAAGCGGCUGAUGCUGCUGGGGGGGCGGAUGCUGCCGCUGCUGCCGGAGUGGCAGCAGUCUUCGGGAAUAGUUGUGCUGCUGUCGCUGGUGACGCAGGAACUUGCUGCGCUGCGCUGCUUGCUGGGGCCGCUGCUGCAGCAGCAGUACCGCGCAGCAGCAAGAGCUGUUGAACACGAAGGCCGCAGACUCGUGCGGCGCUGGAAGAGCAGCAGCAACUUGACGGGAAUGGUGCGGCGGGCGCGGCGGCUGCUGCGGGUGCUGCUGCGCUCCGCAGAGCUGGUGGCUGCAGCGCCGCCGCCGCAGUACGGCGCGCAGCAGCAGCUGCUGCUGGAGACCUUGGAGUCCAGCAGCUUCGUGCUGCAGCGCUGCAGCGACGUGCUGCUGCUGCUGCUGCCCUGGACGCAGCAGCUGCACGAGGCCAAGUACUUCGCUGCUGUCUGCCGCAGGCAGCGCCUCAACAAACUCGGGCUGGCCUCCUGGGGCGGCUUCGCGCCUGCGGAGCUGGGCACUUCCAUUGCGCACUUUUUGUCCAAAACGAGGUCUUGUCGCGGCUAUUUUUUUGCAUCUUUUUUCUUCAUUUAUGAAUUCUUUGCUCUCUGCGAAAGAGGGGCCAAGCAGGGCGUUCUGACGUGGCGAACCCACUCAGUUCCGCACGUCGACAGCUGCCCGCCGCUGCAGCAGCAGCUGCAGCAGCACGUCGCAGCAACGCUGCCGCAGCUGCGCAACCUCCUCAAGACCUUCCACAGCGCCAUCUUCGCAGCAGCAAGAGCUGCUGCUGCUUCCCGAGACGUCCGCUCCGCCAGUUUGCUGCUCGCCGAGAGCCAGCAGCACCGAAGGGCCUGGGGAGUUCCCGAGGAAACGCUUGCUGCUGCUGCUGCUCUCGGCGCCAGCAGCAACACUUUGAACUUUCUCCACCGCUGCCUCGUCCCACGCACCCGACAGCAGCAGCGCGCAAGCCAGCGCCUCGUCCAGGUGGAACCUGCAGCAGCAGCAGCAGCAGCAGCAGCAGCAGCAGUAGGCAGUGGCCAGCGAGCAGCGCAGCAACGGGAAGCGGAGCAGCGCAGCGAAAAGCAGCAUAGCAGCAGCAGCAACAGAAGCAUAACAGCAAGCAGCAAAGCAGCAGCAGAGCAGCAAGCGGCGAAGCAGCAGCAGAGCAGCAAGCAGCAGAGCAGCAGCAGAGCAGCAAAGAGUGUUUAG